CCGCGGCCCUCGCGCCCCGCCCUGCGCGCUCGGACUGGCUCCGCGGCUGCUGCGGGCGGGUGCGCGGAGGGCCGGUGUCCCGCAGCAGGUGGGCGGGGUGCGGUUAGCGGCGGCGGCUGGGCAGGGGCUGCCUGCUGCGCUCGGCCCGUGCGCUGCGGCCCUGCGGGCGCACCAUGGACUUCAACAUGAAGAAGCUGGCGUCGGACGCGGGCAUCUUCUUCACCCGGGCCGUGCAGUUCACGGAGGAGAAAUUUGGCCAGGCCGAGAAGACUGAGCUUGAUGCCCACUUUGAAAACCUUCUGGCCCGGGCAGACAGCACCAAGAACUGGACAGAGAAGAUCUUGAGGCAGACAGAGGUGCUGCUGCAGCCCAACCCCAGUGCCCGAGUGGAGGAGUUCCUGUAUGAGAAGCUGGACAGGAAGGUCCCCUCAAGGGUCACCAACGGGGAGCUGCUGGCUCAGUACAUGGCAGACGCGGCCAGUGAGCUGGGGCCGACCACCCCCUAUGGGAAGACACUGAUCAAGGUGGCAGAAGCUGAAAAGCAACUGGGAGCUGCAGAGAGGGAUUUUAUCCACACGGCCUCCAUCAGCUUCCUCACACCCUUGCGCAACUUCCUGGAGGGGGACUGGAAGACCAUCUCGAAGGAGAGGCGGCUCCUCCAAAACCGGCGUCUGGACUUGGAUGCCUGCAAAGCGAGGCUGAAGAAGGCCAAGGCUGCAGAAGCCAAAGCCACGACGGUGCCUGACUUUCAGGAGACUAGACCUCGUAAUUACAUUCUCUCGGCCAGCGCCUCCGCGCUCUGGAAUGAUGAGGUGGACAAGGCCGAGCAGGAGCUCCGCGUGGCCCAGACAGAGUUUGACCGGCAAGCAGAAGUGACCCGUCUCUUGCUGGAGGGGAUCAGCAGCACUCAUGUGAACCACCUGCGCUGCCUCCAUGAGUUCGUCAAGUCUCAGACAACCUACUACGCACAGUGCUACCGCCACAUGCUGGACUUGCAGAAGCAGCUGGGCAGAUUUCCAGGCACCUUCGUGGGCACCGCAGAGCCUGCCUCCCCACCCUUGAGCAGCACCUCACCCACCACCACUGCGGCCACUAUGCCUGUGGUGCCCUCUGUGGCCAGCCUGGCCCCUCCAGGGGAGGCCUCGCUCUGCCUGGAAGAGGUGGCCCCUCCUGCCAGUGGGACCCGCAAAGCUCGGGUGCUCUAUGACUACGAGGCGGCCGACAGCAGUGAGCUGGCCCUGCUGGCUGAUGAGCUCAUCACUGUCUACAGCCUGCCUGGCAUGGACCCUGACUGGCUCAUUGGCGAGAGAGGCAACAAGAAGGGCAAAGUCCCUGUCACCUACUUGGAACUGCUCAGCUAGCUCAAGCCAAGUCCAGCGGCCGCAGCCUCCACCUCUCCACACUCACUUUUUAUCUGGUGUUUUUACUUCUGCCUGCGUUUGCUCUCUAGCCAAUAAACCCUCCUUGUGUGCGAGUCACCUGGGCUCCUGUCAGGGCCUGGCCCUGAGGGUGGGAAAGGGAAGGGUAGACUCACCCUCUGCCCCACUCUUCCUGGGUGGGGUGACCCACAGAGUGAGCAGGGGCCCUGCGGCUGCCCUGGCUCCCAGCUCUCUAAAUUGGGAAGUGCAGCCCUGCCUACCUUCCGCGGGGCCUGUGCCUCUCGGGGCAGUGCUGUUCCUGGACAUGAAGCUGCACAAGGAAUGUUUUAUUCCUAAGAGAAAGUUUCCUAAA